UCCUUCUCCAACGUCCUCCUCCUUCCUGCUCCUUCACUCCCUGGGCUGGGGGUCAGCCAGGCAGCAACAAGUUACCAUCACAGGAUGGGCCCAGGAGCCAGCAGCCGCCCAGAGGCCCCGGGUCCGUGAGCCACUGUGCAGGGAGGCUGCAGGACACAGGGUCACCAUGGGGAUGACCACCCCGCGCCCUCUCUGGGCCAUGCUCUUGCUCCCUCUUGUGGUGUCUGGGGUCUCCACUGAGGAGCCCACCUCUGGGGAAGCUGUGGCCCCCAGCCUCCCAGGCGGCUGCCUACGGUGCUGUGACUCCGGGGAUGCGCUGGCCCCCACCGAUGCUGCAGAUGCUGCCUCUGUGUCCGCCCUCCCCUACGCCCUGCCCGAGGUCAGGCCCUACAUCAACAUCACCAUCCUGAAGGGUGAGAAAGGGGACCGAGGUCCGCUGGGCACACCAGGGAAGCUGGGCAAAGAGGGCCCCCGUGGGGACCGAGGCCCUCAGGGCAUCAAGGGUACCAAGGGGCAGGCGGGCAGCCCGGGCAGCCCAUGCCACACACGCUCCUCGGCCUUCUCGGUGGGCCGAAAGACCGCCCUGCACAGCAGUGAGGACUUCCAGCCGCUGCUCUUCGACACUGUUUUUGUGAACCCCGACGGGCACUUCGACAUGGCUGCCGGCCACUUUGUCACACCCCUGCGUGGCCUCUACUUCUUCAGCCUCAACGUGCACAGCUGGAACUUCAAGGAGACGUACAUGCACGUGGUGCACAACGAGGAGGCGGCCGUCAUCCUGUAUGCGCAGCCCAGCGACCGCAGCAUCAUGCAGAGCCAGAGCAUGAUGCUGGCCCUGGCACCCGGUGACCGAGUCUGGGUGCGGCUUUUCAAGCGUGAGCGCGAGAACGCUGUGUACAGUGACGACGUGGACACCUACAUCACCUUCAGCGGCCACCUCAUCAAGCCUGAGGAUGACUGAGCACUCCGGUCACCCUCUUGGCUGGUGACUCAGGGGCUGGGUGGCUUUGAGCUGGCCCCGCCCCGCAGGGCUGGGUUUGCCCCUCUGGGAGGUGGGGAGGCCCGACUUCUUCUUUUUUCCUUACCACCAUUAUCCUUCCUGGUCUGCUUCUGUGUCUCUCUCCUCUCUGGCGUUUGUUUCCAGGAACUUUCUAAUCUCCAUACUCUAGAACUUUCCUAGCCUCACAGCGCAGCUCUCUCGCUCUUGAAUGCGUGCAUCUGUCUCCUGAGGAUCUUGUGAAAAUGCAGAUCCUGAUCCAGCUGGUCUGGAGUGGGCCCAGGAUUCUGCAUUCUGACAAGUUCCUAGGCAGUGCUGAAAUUACUGGUCUAUGGACCAUACUUGAAUGAUCAGUACUCUAUUCUGGUACUUUCUGAGCAUUCUAGUACAUUCUAGAACUUUCUGAAUAUUCUAGUAUAUGUUAGUACUUCCUAAAUAGUCUGGAAUCUUCUAGGUGCUCUAGAAUUCCUAAUAUCCUCAAAUUCAUUCAUCAUUGCAGAAUCCCCCUCUGUGUUCUCUUUGCUCUUCCCUUCCUGUCUUACUCUUCUCCUUACCUCCAUAUCUGCAGGGAUCAUUCAUUUAUUCAUUCAUCAGACACUGAGUAUUUGGUGUAAGCUUAGCCCCAGGAAAGCAGAGACAAAUCAAACACAGUCCCUGUACCUAGCCCUGCUCUUGGUGAGUGCCCAGUCCAGCCUGGUGGUGGUGGGGCAGACAUUAAUGAUACACAGAUUUGAAUUCAGACCCAGAGAAUGUGCAGGGCUCUCUUCAGACAGGCCUGUGCUCUGGGUGCUCAGGUUCUUCAUUUUCCAUUGCUACCUGGUGCACAGGGUCCCUGAGGUGAGGGUACUGUCCCCUUUCCACUCUGUACCUUUCUGCCCAUGACCAUCAUUAAAGCAACCCCCAGAGGAGCCCUGGCUAGGUCAAGGGUCCUGUGGGAGAGGACUCAGGAGUCUGGGAGCAUUUGGGGACAAAAGAAGCCCCUGGGGAAUGAAGCCCAGACUCCAAGUGCCCUACACAGCUUACGGUGGCCUGUGGGGACUCUGACCUUCCCUACCAGUCUCUCCUGUCUGCCCCAGGGCUUCCCAGGGCCUUGCUCCACCCCUCUUGCUAAAGCAUCUGUCAGGCAUGAUUCCAGCUGCUGUCAGACACGGAUGUCUGUCCCAGGUGCUCUCUGAUCUUCUGGGCCCCUCUCGCCAGCCCAGUGCCCCUGUCUUGCCAGGCUUUCUCAAGGUGCUAAGGCUAGGUGGGGAGCUCCCGCCAUGGUGCCCUCCCUGGUGGUGCUGGCCUGACAGACAUGGUGGAUAGUGGGCCAGGACUGAAGGCAGCGGGCUGGGAGCCCUCAGCAGGUCCGUGGCAGUGACAUGGGCCACAUUCAGGUCACUGGGGGCCUCCCUUGAGCUCUGCUGCCACGCAAGGUCCUGGGAGCAGUCUCUGUCCUCCUUUCCUGGGGUGUGUGGCCACCAGUCUUCCUCUCUGCCUCCAGGUGGCCUGACCCUCUCCCCAGAAGGUCACAGCCUCUGGCCAUUGGUGCUUCUGCAGACUCUGGGGCAGAGGGGGCCCUGGGGUGGGCUCUGGUGCUCACGGCAAAGGAGCCAUGACUACCUGGCAGGGUGAUGGGAACAGCCUGCCAUGUGCCACCAAGUCUGGUGCUAUAAGCUACCCCCAGCUGGACCACACCCUGCACUACUUGUCCGUGUGAUUAAAGGAUGCUGUGUCAC